UUUUUCUUAUUUAAAAACCAUCAUGGUGAUCACUUUGAAUCCUUUGAUUGAGACCCACUGAUAUGCAUCCAAUAACUCUUAUGGAUUGUCAUCUGAGCAUUUUAUUUUUUAACCUUUAAAAUACGUUCAAUUUAAAGUAUUAUUACAUUUAAAUUCUAUUUUUAAUUAUUUUUAUAUGUAUACACGUAAUAUUUAUUCAAAUAUUGUGUAAAAUUCAACUAUUGCAUUAUAUUUUAUUCUACAAUGUUGAUUUAUUAUAUAAUCCCAACUUUAAACUAUUAUUAUUGAUUUAUUAAAAAAAAAACUUUUAGGACGACAACACUACAAAUUUUUGGUUACCCCAUUUGGACGACGAGUGCUCUAACGGUAUUUUCAAAUUAUUUUUCUUAAAAAAAUUAUAAUUAGUACUCACAGCAAACCCUACGCACGCAGGUACCACACAGAUACCGGAAAGAGCUCCCAAAAUUGUAGUUUGAAGCUCCAAUUUUUGGUUCAUGUAACGCCAUUAGAGACAUGACAAGGGUUCUACAGCGAUUCAUAUGCAAAACCCAGGUGUCAUCUCAUCUCAUUCAACUCCAAUUCGGGCCUUUCAACUCCACCACACAACGUCGAUGGAAGAAACCAGCAGUCACUGCACAAACCCGCUUGGAGGACAGAACCAGAGACCUGAAGCUCGACAACCUCAUGACUAAUCUCCGUAAACUCAGCUUAAUCCUAAGCUUCCACAGCCUCAUGUCUGGUCGUAGAAGAGGACCCUUUGUUUCUGUUCAAAUCAUGUCUCGUUGGAACAGAAUCGUUGGUCUAAAUGUACCAAUUGGUGGGUUCCUCCGAAAAUAUCCCCAUGUGUUCGACGUAUUUCCUCACCCAGUUAAGCGAAACAUUUGUUGUAAAUUAACUUCUAAAAUGACUCUCUUGCUUCAAGAAGAAAGCAACGCGAUUAGAGAUAUGGAAUCAGACACUGUCAAUCGGAUCAAGAAACUUCUAAUGAUCUCUAUCACAGGUACUCUCCAUAUCCAUGCUUUAAGGUUAAUCAAAAGGGAACUCGGUUUACCUGAUGAUUUCCGUGAAUCGAUUCUUUCAAAGUACAGCGAAUUCGAGUUAGUAGAUCUGGAAAUAGUGAAAUUAAUCGACAGAGAUGGUGUUCCUGAAGAUUUAAAGGUAGCCGAAGUGGAGAAAUGGAGGGAGAGAGAGUAUAAAGAGAAAUGGUUGAGCGAAUUCGAAACCAAAUACGCGUUUCCGAUCAAUUUCCCAACAGGAUUCAAAAUCAAAGCGGGAUUCAAACCAAAAUUGAAGGAAUGGCAAAGACUUCCUUACGUUAAACCCUAUGAACAAAAGGAGUCUUUUAGGGCUUCGAGCUGUGGAGGGAUUGAGCGAUUUGAGAAGCGAGCUGUUGGGAUUCUUCAUGAGCUUUUGAGUUUGACAGUGGAGAAGAUGAUUGAAGUUGAAAGAUUAGCACACUUUCGUAGAGAUUUUGGUAUUCCAGUUAAUGUUCGUGAGGUUAUUCUGAAACAUCCCGGAAUCUUCUACAUAUCGACAAAGGGUAGCACUCAGAUGCUGUUUCUUAGAGAAGCUUAUUGUAAAGAUUGUCUUGUUUCACCGAAUCCUGUUUAUAUUGUUCGGAGGAAAAUGUUGGAUCUUGUUUUGAUGAGACGUCGGAAUACCAGAGAUUUGACAAGUCGACCAAGGGAUGUGAAGGAGAGUGUUGCUGGUGAUUGGAAUGGAGGUGGCGACUUAGAGGGUGAUUUUGUAAUUUCAAAUUUAGAAAAUUUUGAUGAUGAUAAUGAUGAUAAUGAGGAUGAUCAGUAGGUUUUAGUUUCAAUGAUCAAUUUAUAGGGGCAAAAUUCAAAAAAAUAACAAUACACUUUAAUUUCCCUAUCAUUAUAGAAUAUUGAUAAUGUAGUUUAUCUUACCAACAAUAA